UUGUUGUGUCGGUGACGCGGCAGACGGUCCGUUCGAGCGGCGGGUGAGUCCCCGUCCGUCACGUCGCUUUCUUCGCGUGUGGAAAUCGGCUCUCUCAUACAAUCCUUAACCUCCGUGGGCAGUUUUAAGCGAAGAUGGCGGUUCCUGCAGCCCCGAACCUGCAGAUGAGCACGGCAAGACAAAGCAGCCCCGUGAACGCUUCUGAAAACGACAUCCAUAUCGACGAGAGCGAAUUGGAAAGCAUCACGAACAACGUCGAAGACAGUAACGUUACUUCGCUCCCGCUGCACUCUCCAUGGACGUUUUGGCUUGAUAGGUCAUUACCAGGGACGACAGCAGCAGAGUGUGAAUCGAAUCUGAAAAAGAUCUACACAGUCCAGACUGUUCAGAGCUUCUGGAGUGUCUACAACAAUAUACCUGCUGUGUCCUACCUCCCUUUGAGGUGUAGCUACCACCUAAUGCGAGGAGAAAGAAGACCACUGUGGGAGGAGGAAAGUAAUGCCAAGGGGGGGGUGUGGAAAAUGAAAGUACCAAAGGAGAGCACGUCAGCUGUAUGGAAAGAAUUAUUACUGGCUACUAUUGGCGAACAGUUUGCUGACUGUUGUGCAUCAGAGGACGAAGUUGUCGGAGUUAGUGUCAGCGUGCGAGACAGAGAGGAUGUGGUUCAAGUUUGGAAUGGAAAUGCAUCUUUUGCUAACGAGGCAAACAUCUUAGGAAGAAUCUAUGAACUACUUCCACAGAUAUCAUUUAAAGCAGUAUUUUAUAAGCCACACGAGGAACACCAUGCAUUUGAAGGUGGUCGCUCAAGACAUUAGCCAUCUUUGCACAGUCAACGGCUAUUUUCUUUUCACUCGUUCAUUCUUGGACUAACGUUAGGAAAUGGACUAAAAAGGAGAUCACACUUUUUUUUUUUUCCUUUUUUCUUUUUUUUUCCUUGCCUGAUCAGAAGUAUUUUCGAUAUUUUAUCCCACGAGAACUGAAACGCACUGUUACAGCUCCUUUUUAAUUCUAGGUAUUGCAGAUGGUGUCUCUGUGUUCUCUUGGCAAAUUGAGGCGAUGUGCUUCACAUGCAAGUAGCAUAAUGUAUUAUGUUUUAUCACAACAGAGUGAAGUUGCCAUGGCCUUUGUGUUUUUGCUCUUUUUCUUGGGUUGUUUGGUUGGAUGUUACCCCGCGACAUAAUUGCUGCUUGUCGGAGCAUGUUCUCUGCAUGUUAAACUUGACAUUUCCUCAGACACAGAGCUCCACUGUGCUUUUGGUUAGCUGUAGUAGCCGUAGAGUAGUACCUUAGCUGUUAUACUUUUUAUGCAAAUGUGUUGCACAUUCUUUUUUGGAGGGUUUUUCUUCUUUUUUUUUUGCGUGAAGCCUGAAACAUAAAUUUGUCCCCUAUUUACUGAAACCGGGCCCUGUUAUUUGUGGGAUGUGGUCGGCGCCCUUCGGUUCAUUUUGUUUUGUGCUAAAUGUAACAUCUUCUAUACACUUCAUUCUUGUCCUUGUCAGAACCAUUCUGGAGUGGUUAAUGUAUAAUGCAGUUCAAAUAUUUUCAUAGUGUAAAAUAACUAAUUUUCAGCCAUUAUAUCAAAUGUUCUUUGUUUUUAUGCUUUAUCUUGUCUGAAAUGUUGGUAAGUAUAUUUUAUGAGAGGAUGGAAGUUAGUGUAGAUACUGUAAAAUUACGAAGCUGACAAAAACCUUUGUAAACAUUUGAGCAUUGAAUGAAUGUGUUAGUUUUCUGUACCAAAGAGACGCCCCCCACUGCACUUGUGUUGUAAAUUGUAAACAAUCCCAUGCCACCGUCCUUGUCUCUGAAUUGGUAUGUUGAAAACAUGCACAUGAGAAGCAAUGGCUGCACCCUUGCCCUGUCAAAAAUGAGUAAGUUUAGUUAAGUCCCGUUAGUUUGUAGUUUUUUCCAGACACAAAGCUGAUUUUAGCUGUUGUCAGUUUUAAGUGUUUCCCUUGGUGUAUUUGUUUUCUUAAUGUUAAUUUUUCAAAUCAAAACUGUAACUGCAAGACCUAAAUUAUGGCCUGGGUCAUUUAUGUGAAAAUGCACUUAAAGCACAAUGAUCAGUCUAAUUCUAAUGGGCAAGGAAUCUUUACAUGCAGCAACCUUUCAUAUAGCAGCUUUUCCAAUGUAUUAUAAAUCUUCUUAUGAGACACAUGUAUUGAAAUGAUAAUUUUAUUUUUAUGAGCAUUUGUGUCUGUAAUCCAGGGCUCCGUCAGGAUGUGAGACCUCAAACUGAUCAAUCUUCUGGAAUGGUGCCUUGUGUUCUCCCAGGGUUUCACUCAUAGAAUAUUCUGUUUUAUCUCUAUAUUUAAUCAGUUAUAAUGUAAAUUGUUUUUUGCUUAUAGGUUUUGAAAUAUUGAAUAAAUAAAAACACAACUUUUGAGGAUCUUAAA